AUGAUGGAUAGCAAGGAAAAUGCUCCUCGGAUCAAAAUCGUCGCACCGGAAACGCAGCCUGAAAACGACAACAAUGCUGAUGAGAAGAAUUCUCGAGACUGCGAGUACAAAGUUCAUUCCAGCGUCAUUUGCUCCCAGUCACGAUUUUUCGAAAGGGCAGUAAGGGGGAGAUUUGCGGAAGCAACUACGAAAAGAAUACAUCUCCCGGAGGUGGAUGCCGAUUCUUUGGAAUUAUUAAUUUCAAUUAUAUACGGCUUCGAAUCUACAUAUUCUGCAGAGCUCUGGCCGGAAGGUUAUGAGGAUAUCAGGGGAUUACUUGACGGUGUUGACCAGACAAAUCACUACACUAUACCGACCGAACCUUCAAUAAUCGAUUUUGAAGGCUCUUCGGACAGCUCCCAGGAAAACACAGGUCUUCGACUGCUCCGCUUAUACUCUCUCCUUGACCGGUUCGAUAUAUUUUGGCUCCAAGCUUGA